AUGUCUCAGUUCGAAUCGUUCUUGGAGAACUACAACCGUGGCAGCUAUACGGGGAGCUCGGCGACGGGGGCAGGUGGCCACAACGGCGCCAAUAUCAAACGGGAGAGCUUUGAUGAGUUCUUGGGAAACUCUCUGGAUAUCAAGAAGCAACUAUCGCAAUCAUUUGGUGGCGGCGGCAGUGGCGGGCUAAGCGGCGGUGGACUCGGUGGUAGUCUUGGUAGUGGAGGAAUAGGAGGCGGAGGCGGCAGUCUUGGCUCAAUGAACACAGCGCUUCAUUACGGAGGCGGGAUAUCCAAACCGCACUCACGGAGAAACUCGGCUUACAUCAAGCCGCAAGAAACAAGCGAUGCUGAGGAUAACGAUGACGACGACGGCGCAGGAGGCGCCGACGCGAAAGACCAGGGAAACGAGCGGAAGCGAAGAGACAAUAUAAACGACAAGAUCCAAGAACUCUUGAAGCUAAUACCUAGUGAAUACUUUGCCACUACCCAGAAAGACGAGCCGAGCAGAAACGAGCCUAGUCCCGGUGAGAAAUCGCCCAGUGAAGAAGACAUCAACAACACCGUGAGCAAGACCGGCACCAAAGACGGCAAGCCCAACAAAGGGCAAAUCUUGACUAAAUCCGUCGAGUACUUGCAGAAUCUACAGAAUCUCAUCGACGAAAACAACCGCAAGGAAGUCGAGCUUAUCCUCAAGUUGGAAAGCUUGAAGUUGAAACACAAGAAUGGAGGCCAGGUGCAAGAAGGGGUACCUGUUCGCAUAGGCUAUACUAGUGCUGAGCGAGCCUUGGGUGAAAUUGGUGUCGGACCAUGCUCUGAGGAUUAUUUCAAGAACAUCUUGGUGCGGAGUGCCAAUUCAAGCAAAUCAGGAAGAAAGAAUAGCUCGUAG